AUGUGUUUGCAAAGGUCGGCAUUGGCGAAUCCCGCAGGUAUGCCGAAUGGAGCGGGAGGAGGAGGUCUAUGCAAAGCACCCGGCGGUACGUUACCAAACGCCGCCAUGCUGGGUUGUUCGUCUGUGACGAAACCGCCGAAUAGUCACCAUCAACAUCACCCGUCCAUGCUGUUCGGUGCAACACCUUUCGCUCUGCCACAGUCAGUUCACUUUCACUCAUUCGCCGUUAUAUUACCAAUACGCAAUAUUUUUCACAUAGGUCGUUGCUAUUUUAUUCCGUGUAUCCUUCUGAAUGAAUGUAAACGGAAACAAAUUUUGAAUGUUGAUGUAAAUCAGCUGUUGAAAAUCUUCAUUUGGAGUUCUCAUUUUGUAGUCAAUCGCUUACGUGAAUGCAGUUGA